AUGCCGUCGGGAGCGACCUCCCCGCGCGUUCUAACGCCAUCCCAAACCGCCCUCGAGGCGCUCCACAGUGCCAGGCCCCCGCCUUCGUCGUCUCCCCCGGAAGUCCGCGGCCCCAGAAACUCGUUCGUGCCGCUGCAGCGCCUCGAGUGCGUUCGUGUGGCCAAGAAGCUGCGCCGCAAUGGCCACCGCCUGUACGUGGUCGGCGUCUUCUACAAGCGCAGCGAGGCACGCCGCCGCCUGUCCGACUGCGUCUACAAGGCCUCCGUGGCCUCCAAGCUGCCGCCCGACGCCAUGAGCGCGCUCAUUAUGUCCGAGCGUGAGCCUGACUACGUGGUCGAGCACCGCUUCUCCGAGUUCCGCGAGCUGCGCGCCUGCGUUGCAGCGCUCGUGAGAGCCAACUGCGCGCACAGCGUAGAGUGCGCCGGCUGCCAGAACUUGCAGCGCGUGAUGGUUAGUCCGCAGCACCAAAACUGGACGGUGAAGCGGAUGUUUGGCAACAAGGAGCAGCGCUUUGCGUUGCUGACGACGUUUGUCAACGACCUGCUGGCGCUCAUGGGCGAGCGUUCGACUAGCGGAAGCAUUACGGAGGAAACUGGCGGUGCGGGGAGUGCCGAUUGCAGCGUUCGAGAACGGGUGUUGGAGUUACUCCAGAAGUUCCUCAAACGAAGCUAUCAGCCGUCGCUGGGAAUUAUCUAA